AGGAGAUGGUCAGAGACUGCAGACAUACUGCAGGAGAUGGUCAGAGACUGCAUACCUACUACAGGAGAUGGUCAGAGACUGCAAACAUACUGCAGGAGAUGGUCAGAGACUGCAUACCUACUACAGGAGAUGGUCAGAGACUGCGAACAUACUGCAGGAGAUGGUCAGAGACUGCAUACCUUACUACAGGAGAUGGUCAGAGACUGCGAACCUACUACAGGAGAUGGUCAGAGACUGCGGACAUACUGCAGGAGAUGGUCAGAGACUGCAUACCUGCUACAGGAGAUGGUCAGAGACUGCUGACCUACUACAGGAGAUAGUCAGAGAC